AUGUCACCCACGCCGACGGAUUUGAACCACACGCCGGCGGCUUCGGCGCCUCCAGGCUUCACCUCCAAUCUCAUUGAUCCUGUCCGCAAAGAAGUCUUACCCGGUAUCACUUUGGCAAUCGUGGGGAUGGUUAUAUCGACCGCUUUCCUGGCCAUGCGAGUCUACACCAAAGCAUUUCUGGCUCGGAUAUUUGGACUGGACGACAUCCUCCUGAUAAUCUCCUGGGCCGCUUCCUUGUCUGUACAAAUUACGAUUGUCUACUAUAUGGCGGACAGGACCAUGGGAACGCACGUGUGGGACAUCAGCGUGCAGCAACUCAAGAAUCUGGUACUGGUUACGUCUGUCGAUUCUGUCACCUACCUUAUCGUUUUGGCCACGGCGAAGAUUGCCAUUCUGCUCUUCUAUUUGAAACUUGCUCGGGAAAGAUGGUUCAUUCUUGCGACAUAUGCUGCGAUGGGCGUGGUUGUUUCGUAUGGCAUAGCGCUCGCCUGCAGUCUGAUCUUCGCUUGCACGCCGUUGGUCAGGGUCUGGGAUGUGACCGUGACGGAAGGGCAUUGUAUCAACCGUGGGAAGAUCUAUCUGGCCACGGCCGGACUCAAUGCGACGACCGACAUUGUGAUUCUGGUGAGCCCAACCACAGCCCCAGACUGGCAACCUGAGCGGAACUUACCAAGAUGUGCAGAUCCUACCAAUGCCUAUGAUAUAUAAGCUCCAGGUGAAGCGCAUACAAAAGCUUGGCCUACUGUUCAUAUUCAGCAUCGGGAGCACGUGAGUCGAGUCUCCAACUCAAGCCUUGACGGCGUCUGACGCGUGCCCAGGACCAUGGUAACCAGCAUGAUUCGCUUGUGCCUAAUGCCACCUCUCGUCAAAGCUACAGAUAUGUCGUGGGCAAUUCUCAAACCAGCGAUCUGGAUCUGCAUCGAAAGUAACCUCAUCGUCAUCUGCGGCAGCUUACCCAUCCUUCGUCUCUUCCUACAAAAUGUCGCACCGCGCCUCAUCGGCGAAUACGGCAGCACUGCGGCAACCGGACGGCCAGGUCGGAGUGCACAAAAGCAUGAAUAUGCUUCCGCUGAACUUUCGAACUUGGAACGCUCGAAGCGAAGCCACAGGGACCAGUACAGCACGAUGGAGACCGUCGUCGGGAAUGAUGAAGGCUCGGACACUUUCAUUGGCGAACGGGCAGACAAGGCCGCAAUCGCCGUGGACAUUACAGAUCUUGGGGACCGGGAUCGCGACGACUCGUCGCUUGCGAAGCACGCUGCCCCGGUGCCGUACUCACAUGGAAGGAGUACCCCUCCUCCAAGACCGGCCCGCUCGCCUCCACCGCCUGUGUAA